AUGACGUCCCGCUCGCUCGCCGCCGCCGCCGGCGACACGGUGGCGCUCCACGCCGAGGCGUCGUCUUCCUCGGACGGCGGCGGCCGGGAGGCCGCCCCGCCCCCGCGCCGCCGCGGGCGCCAGGCGGCGGUGGCGGCCACCGCGCUGGCCGCGCUCGCCCUCCUCGCGGCCGCGGCGGCCACGGGCCGCUCGGCUCGCGGCGGCGGCCGCGGCGGCGCCCGGCUCGGGCGCGGAGGGGCGCAGGAGGUCGUGGCCCUGCAGGAGGAGAAUAGCUCCCGGCCGCCAAGCCAGGCGGACGUGCAGGCCCUGGCGGACAACGUCGCCGAGCUCCAGAACGCGAUAACCGACGUGCUGAGCCGCGUGCCCGUCACCAUGGGCGUCAGCCCCCUGCUGAUGCCCGUGCCCGCCCCCCCGCCGGUGAAGCUGGCGCCCCUCGGCCCAGGGUGGAAGUACUGCGGCUCCCUGGCGAUCCCGCAGAAUGCGACGUGCUGCAACGGCAUCGCCGGCGGCCCCUUCGCCACCUGCUGCGCAGGGGCGCUCGUCUGCGCCAAGGGCAGCCAGUGCUGCGGGAGCAUCUGCUGCGGCCCCGAGGCCAUCUGCUGCAACGGCAUCUGCGGCGCCCCGAACGGGAAUUGCACGCAGGGCAUCGUCCUGGCGCCCGUGAUCAGGCCCACGCAGAGCCCGCGGAGCAACUCGUCGAGCGUCUAG